AUUGAAAAUCAAGGUGCAACCCUUUUUCGCCAACUGAUCUUGAAUGGGCUUAGUUUCGAUGUUCAUUUCUCUACAGGCUCCGAUGAAACUGCUUCCAAGGUUGCUAUAUAAGAUCCUUCUCUUGAUUGACCCCUCAAGGAUGGAUAGGAACAGGGACAAGAUGGCAGAGAGUAUAAUAAAUCUUACCCUAGAGAUCCUCUUCCGGCUUACUGGAGAGGACUACACAGUAGUGAAGAAGACCUCUAGUGAGCGCUGUCAGGACCCUGUGUCUGAAGGAUGGGGAGGAACCCUGAGCCCAAUCACAGGGCCUCCACCUCACCCCCUGAUACAUGAGGAAGUCAAUAGAGAUAAGAUCCUAGAGAUCACCAACAAGAUGAUUGAGCUGCUGACUGGAGAGGUUCCUAUAAGGUGUCAGGAUGUCACCAUCUAUUUCUCCAUGGAGGAGUGGGAGUAUUUAGAAGGACACAAAGACCUGUACAAGGACGCCAUGAUGGGGAAUCACCAGCCCCUCACAUCACAAGUUAAGAAAGAGAGGAGAACACUGGAGAGAUGUCCCAGUCCUCUUCUUCCACAGGAUGGUUCAGAAGAACAUUACAAUGCCCCACAGGAUGAUCAGAUUGUGAAUCCGGGUGAAGAUCUGAACAUUAUAUAUGUUACAGAGACAUAUGUGAGGGGUGAUGAGCAGAGUAUAGAGGACCUUCCUACAGGUAACCGCCCAGAUGACUGUACCACGAGCUCAACGGAACACCUGAUAUCUUCAGACUGUACAGCAAAUGAUUAUGGUAUCAUAGCGGAUACAUUUAAAGAGCAUUCCGUUGUCCCAGAUAUACCCUUAACCCAUCAUAGCAUUAAUCAAUCAUCUGAUCUUUUUCAAUGGGUCCGAUCUUUUGAUUCAUCACAGACUGUUAAGCAAAACAAAGAACAACAAUGGACUGAACAUCCAAGAACUCACACAGUAGCGAAGCCAUAUUCAUGUUCACAAUGUGGAGAGUGUUUUAUGCAGGAAUCAGAUCUCAAUAAACGUCAGAGAAUUCACAAGGAUGAAACGCCAUUUUUGUGUACACAUUGUGGGAAAUGUUUUAUCCAGAAAUCAGAUCUCAUUAGCUAUCUGAGACUUCAAACGGAUAAAAAGCCGUUUGCAUGUUUAGAAUGUGGGAAAUGUUUUACCCUGAAGUCAGAUCUUGUUAGACAUCAGAGAAUUCACACAGGAGAGAGGCCAUAUCCAUGUUCAGAAUGUGAGAAACGUUUUACUCAUAAAUCAGCUCUUGUUAUACAUCAGAGAGUUCACACGGGGGAGAAGCCAUAUUCAUGUUCAGAAUGUGGGAAAUGUUUUUCUUUCAGAACGUCUUUAGCUGCCCAUCAAAUAACUCACACAGGGGAGAAGCCAUUUCCAUGCUUAGAAUGUGGAAAAUGUUUUACUAAUAAAUCAAGUCUUGUUACACAUCAGAGAAGUCACACAGGAGAAAAGCCAUAUCCAUGCCCAGAUUGUGGGAAAUGUUUUACUCAUAAAUCAGCUCUUGUUCUACAUCAGAGAAUUCACACAGGGGAGAAGCCGUUUUCAUGUUCAGUAUGUGGGAAAAGUUUUACUCAGAAAGUAUCUCUUCUUACACAUCAGAGAGUUCACACAGCGAAGAAUCCAUUUUCAUGCUCAGAAGGAGUAAUGUUUCAAUACAAAUAAAAUCUUGAGUCCUACACAAGGGAAAGGCCAUUUUCAUGUUCUCAGUGUUUUACCCAGAAAUUGCACCUAUUUUAAACACCUUUGAACUCAGAAAUUGUCAUAGCUUUCAGUUACGGUCAAAGUAAAGUCAUGUUAGGCUGUGUUCACUUAUGCUUUGUGAACUUGUGUGAUUUGUGAACUCUAGCAGUCUAAUCUGGCAGAGAAACAUAAUGCUGGAGAUUGGAGAACACUGUAUCGGGCAUAGCCAGUACAGCCGUGCAUCACCAGUUCCCCAUUGUCUAUAAUGGGAUCUGGCGGGGAUACGUCUACUUUCCGAAAAGUAUGCCGACUUCUGACUGAAAAAAAAUGUGAAUCCAGCCUUAACAGGAAAGCAAUUAGGAGCACAAAAUAAUGAUUAAGAAAUGUCUGUAAUUACCAACAAAUGUCUGCUAUCCGAAAACUGACAAUCCAUUUAACACACCUAUGGAUCCACCAUGUGCAUAGAA